AUGGAUUUAAACUACAUAUACGCGAUUGUUGUCGGCAGUGUCUUCUUUUCAUUCAUGAUUUUGGCCGGAAUGCCUCACGCCGUCCGCAUCAUUAGAUACGUAUCCUCUGUCAUGUCGAAGCAUAUGGUCCAUCGGUAUACUCUGCAGCGGCAUCGGCUGGCAGGUCCGUGGAGUCGAGCUGGCAUCGUGCUUCAGACGACAUACAUCGCUACAAACCUGACUUGCAUCGUCGUGAGAGUGUCUAGCGCCAAACCCCAUAUUUCUACUCUCCCGCGGGCAGGUCUUCGAGCCGGGCAGCUCUGCAUCGUCAACCUAAUCGUAGUAUUUGUGGCCUCUCAUCUCAGCUUGCUAGCAGAUCUACUGGGCGUCAAUCUCGGCACCGUUCGGCAAGUUCAUCGAUCGGCCGCGGUGAUGGCUGUUGUGCUUGCAUUAUUCCACACAACGGUAGCCAUCGCUUUGCGAGCAUCCUUUGAUCUCGAUCUGCCCGAGAACCUUUUCGCGGUUAUUGGAGCCUCAUCGCUGGGUUUCGUUGCUCUCCUUUCAAUUCGGAUUUGUCGCAGACCUUCUUACGAAUGCUUUCUAUGGACGCAUCGUGCUUUGUCAGUGCUUACCAUAUUUUCUGUAUGGCGACAUCUACCACUCGACAAGACUUAUCCCCGGUACUGUUUAUACAUUGUGGUAGGGUUAUAUCUGUUGCUGUGCACUGUCCAGGCCGGCAUCAUUAUCCGUCGAACCGGUAUUUUCCAAUCUGGCCACGCACGGGCCCACGUCACGCAUGCACACGGCGCUAUCAGGAUCCGCAUUCAAUGCCAAAAGCCUCUUGAAAUCAAAGCAGGGCAAUACAUAAAUCUAUGGAUGCCUUCGGUCAGCUUCUGGUCCUUUCUUCAAGCACAUCCAUUUGUGGUGAUCUCCUGGGCUGAACAGCCACAGGACUAUCUGGAGCUCUUCAUCGAGCCUCGUCGUGGUUUGACUAGGGAGCUUUUAUAUCAUGCACAACAUGGUCGAGCGGAGCAUUCGCCUGUGCUAUUCAGCGGACCGCACGGGAAGAGUGUUUGCAUAGAUGGCUAUGGAAGUGUCCUGAUGAUCGCUAGCGACUUUGGGAUCGCCGCACAGUUACCCUAUCUAAAGCGACUCAUUCACGGUUAUAAUGCCCGUCAGCUGGAGGCACGUCGAGUCCAUCUAGUUUGGCAAAUCCAGGAUCUCGAUGUUACCAUUGCAGCGCAAGCGCUGCUCAACGAGGCUUUGACUGAAGAUACACUUGAUAAUGGCUGGAUCCUCGCUAUCUCAAUCUAUUGCCAAUCGAACACUGUUCACGCCAAAUCGUUCGGAAAACGCGCCAACUUGUAUUCAGGCAAGGCACCGCUGCAAGACAUUCUCCAAUUCGAACUGGCAGGACGUCAUUCUGUCAAGAAACCGAUCCAGUCCGGAGACUGGCUUCCUCAGAGGUUUGUUGACGCUGGACCCGAGAUUGAGAUCGAGAGAAGCAGCGAGAUACUCGUCACUGUCUCUGCUGUCAAUGACACCCGGGAUGAGCUGCGAUAUCUGAUGAAAGACUUUCUGGGUAACGGGGUCCAUCUCUCCGAGCUUGACUAUCAACCGCCGCCACACUGA